AUGUCUGCUCUCGCUGUUCCGCCUCCUUUUCGUAAAGUGGCUGGCUCUGGUGCUCUAGCCGAUACCGUGACGCCUAGUCUGCUCAAGGAUGCGCUCACCUCUUGGCUGGAGGCUUCGCAGCACCAGCAUCUCCUGCCCUUGGGGACGCUGACGCGUCUCAUGCUCGCACACAAUUUUCUGUCUGGGCUGAAGCUCUCUGCUGCCGUCGUAAAGACGGCAUUUAAGUUCUUGGUUAUUGAAAUGAACACGGCCCAAAGGCUCAACAAGGCGAACGCGGCCUUCAUGGAGUACUUGAAGCCCAUCCGCGAGCACAAGUCGGGUCAUUCGUGGGACUGGGUCUGGGUGGCGAGGUUUUUGAAGGAUGGGUUCCCGGAGGCGUUGAGGCCGGAGACGAUAAAGGUGAAGGGAUUUACCUACGGGCCACUUAGGUGGUGGGUCACGAUCGGCGGCCUGCGUGACAAGCAGAUGCCGACUCGCGCUGACAUCGUUGCGCACUACGACGAGCGCAAGCGCGUCGAGGAGAAGCGCAAGAACUACGAGGACGCUAUCGCGAACGUGCAGGACGACAACGACUCCGACUACAUCCCCAGCCCGCGUACCGAGUCGCCGCCUUUACAGCCGCGCGUGAAGCCGCGCAAGCCCACGCGCCCGGUUCCCACCGCUACUUCACCGCCGACCCACGCUCCCCCGCCCGCCCCGACUGCUGCUGCUGCUGCUGAUCCUCCGCCGGCCCCCGCUACGGCUGCACCCCCGCCGGCCCCUGCUGAACCUGCGCCUCCGGCGGCCCCGACGUUCCCGCCGCCUCCGCCGGCUGUCCGUGCGCCGAUGGAACAUUCGGCGAUCAUUAAAGACAACAGUCUGCCGGCAACAGCGGCUGAUUGGGGCCAUCCGUCAACAUGGCCGGACUAUCACCUCAAGUCUGACGAGGUUUGGCGCCCGCCCCCCAACGCCAACUCCGCGAACGUGCAGCUCAACCGGACGCGCAAGGAGAUCUUCGCGAAGGCCAAGGCGCUCAAGCCAGGCGAGUACUUGACGGAGUGCGACGUCUGGAGUAUUCCUGAGGCUCACGGCCUGGACUCCGAGAAUCCCGGCUUGAAGAUGAGGCGAUCGUGCCAGAGCUGCAUCGAGCUCGGCAUGAAAUGCAUCAACCGCGGCGUGCAGAUCUGCCUCAAGUGCUACGUCGCCAAGCGCAAGUGCUUGGACGGCCAGCUGCCGAAGGACAAGGUGUACAAGAACCACCCGAGGGUCAAGGCAAAUCCGGCAGUCCGUAGGGCAUUCAUGCUCGAUCUCGAGAAGAAGGGCUAUAUUCCGCCCGACGGCCACAAGAAGUGGUUCAACUACUUGUGGCAAAGUCACAUGCGCAAGGGCGACGCCGCCGCUCAGGGCCCUGCGCCUGCUGCUCCCGCUCCUCCGCCCGCUCCUACCACCGUCGCUGGCCCCGCGCCGGCUCAGGACGAGAAGAAGAAGAAGAAGGACUCGUCCGCAUCGUCCACGACAUCCGACUCCAGCUCCACUUCGUCGUCGUCGUCGAGCUCGUCGUCUGACUCCGACGAUGACGACUCUGAGAAGCGCAAGAAGGCCAAGAAGGCCAAGAAGGCCAAGAAGGCCAAGAAGGCGAAGAAGGCGAAGGCGAAGGCCCUGCAUGAAGAGGAGGAGGCUGGGGCGGGAGGGGACGUGGAGAUGGAGGAGAUUACGUUUGGUGAGGAGGAGAGCUUGGAGGAUCCGGACGCGCUUGCAGACGACGAAGAAGACAUGGACGCCGACUUCGAUUUCCCCCCCGCAACGCCUCCGCCGGUACCUCCGCCGGCCCCUCCGUCUGCGCCUCCGCCAGCUGCCCCGACGGACCUGCAGCCCGCCGUCUCCCCCGAGGUUGGGUCGAAGCGCCGUCGCGACACGGCCCGUAGCGAAGGUGGCGACGCAGGGCCUCAGCAGAGUCCUGAGCAGCGCCCCGCAAAGAAGACGCGCCCGGACAAUACGCUCGAGGGCCAGCACCCGGCUGCUGCGAAGGGCAAGGAGCCGGCUGGCGCGGGCGCGCGCAAAGGCCCGAUCUUUGUUCAUCCGCCGCCGAGCACGCCCCAGAAGCAGCAGGAGCGCCCCCCCGUCGAGCGCGCCGCGCCAGGAGAGUUUCAAGAGUAUCCUCCGCGUCCCCCGGCCAUCCCGUCCGUCCACCCGAUCUCGCAACCCGACGCGACGUUGAGCGAGCUUCGCUACAACGACCUCAAGAGCAAGAUCGAGCUCGACGGCAAGGCCAACGCGAACGGCGUUCGCGAGUACAUCGCGAAGGUGUACGACACGAACACCGUGCGCCCCCGCCACACCGAGGUUAUCAACGGGCUCAAUUCGUUGCAAGGCGCGCUCAACGGCAUACGCGAUCAAUCCCGCCUCACGGCCGUCGAGACACGCCUCACCAACCUCGAGGUGGAGCUGACGAAGCAGGGCAACGAGCGCAAGGCCAAGCUCGACAACAUCGAGCGCCUCUUGAGCGACGUCCUCGCUGGCAAGCAGGCUGAUCGACGAGACCUGGCGUCGCGCGGGGUUCAGACUGGGCCGCUCGAAGCGGAUGGGGACGUCGACAUGGGCCCGACAGCCCAGCAGGCCGCAGAGGCCGUACAUAAGGCUCUCUCUGAGGGCCGUCAGCCUCCUGUGGACACAGCGACUGAACGGCAGGCGUCAAACAAGAACAAAUCUACUGAGGGAGGGCGCGCGGAGAGCGCACCUCCGCCGGGUUCCCCGUCUCACGCAACUCCGCCGCCUCCUCCGCCGCACACGCCUCCGCCGCCGCCACCGCGCCGAACACCUCCGCCGCCACCACCGCGCCAGAUACCUCCGCCGCCCCCUCCGCGCCUGUCGCCGCCGGGCCGUCCGGCGCAGGGCCCGUCGCCGCUGCCUCCAUCCGCCCCCGCCGCUGCCACGCAGGCUUCAGUCGCACAAGUCGCCGUCGCGCCCCCCGACAGCUUGAAUGCUAGGCGAUCUCCUCCCCCGCUGGCGUCCAUUGCGACACCAGGCGCGACCGCAUCUCAGCCUGCAUCUCAGGCCAGCUCACCACGAUCCCCGGCAUUGGAACCGUCAUCGCUGUCCGCUGCGUCAAGUGACAGCGACGAGAAUGACGUACCCGAGCCCGAGGGCGGGAAGAACUGGCCAGCAGGGAAGCGCGCUGGCGUAGCUAACGAGGGGGGCAGUGAUGAGGAUACGGACGCGAUUGGUAGUCCCGAUCCGGAGUUGGCCAAGUCCACGCGCAAGGCCCGCUUGGACAGCGACGACGACAGGGAGGAGGAAGGCAUACUCCCCGCUCCACCGCAUCCUCCCGCUCCUCCCCAACGCCCAGAACCGGACGUUGUGCCGUCCUCACAGGCUGGGGAGACCGACGGUCCGCCGGCUGGUAAGGCCGUCGUCGACGCGGAUGGCGAUGUUGCAAUGGCGGAGAAGCCGGCGGACCCUCCCGCUACCGCGACAGGGCCGACGCAGGACUGGGCGAAGAUCGCGGCGGAUGCUGAGGCUCAGAAGAAGGCGUUGGAAGAGGAGGAGGCGCGAGAGGCAGCUGCGCGUGCGGGAGGGACGCCAAAGGCGACGGGUGGGCGCAAGCCCAGCAAGCGGAACACGAAGCCCGCCACCGCUGCUUCGGCACCAACAGCUUCUCCGGCCGCCCAGACUGGCAAGGCUACACGCUCAAAGGGUCAGGCGCCUGAUCCAGGAGAGCUCCCGCCCACUCGCAAGCCCCGUGCCCCCAAGUUGUAA